CACAUUUGUGUGAAGAGAGUGACAUUUAUAAAAGCAAAGCGCGAUAGAGUGAAACGACAACUUCGGAUUAUCCGUCUUUACUACAUACAGAGGCCAGACAGAGCUAAACUAUACACAAAAGAUUAGAGAGAACAAAGGUUUUUGGAUUGAUCUCUCAUCUCUGUUUAUAAUUCUGUGUGUGUGUGUUUUCGUACUGUGUACGUUUUUAUUUUAUUUUUCUUCAUCUUCUUCUUGUGUCAGUUACAUAUCAAUGUUUGAUUUGAUUGAAGAACAGUGACUCCAUUAAUGAAUCUUUUUUUCCCUUACUAAAUGCAAAAAUACCUUCUUCUUUUUUUUUUUUUUUUGGGUUAUUCACGGGUUGUAAAUGUACAAACAUUAAUAAAAAUCUUUUCUUUUUUUUUUUUUCAUCUUUAAGUCUUUCUUUCUUUCUUUUUUUUUGCUUUUUGUCUCUUCUCUUUAUUUCACGAAGAACCUGAUUCUUCGAGACACGAGAAACGAUUUUACAACUUUUCUCUCUUUCUCUUCUUCUUUCUGUAAUCUAAAAUCAAAGUGUGUGUGUGUAAGUAAAUCAUCAAUCCCCUUUUGUUUUGCAGAGAUGUCGAACAAGUGAGAUUUUUUUGUUUUUUUUUUUGUUUUUUUUGUUCUGUUCUUCUCUGUGAGAUUUUUUUUGUUUUUUUUGUUCUGUUCUUCUUCUUCUUCUUAACCUCUGGUUUAAGUGGUGAGAAAACAAAAAAAUGGAAAUGGGUCGUCGAGAUGCGAUGAGACGUGGAGGAGGAACCAAUAAACAACAAUCUGGAUCUGGGUAUACUGGGAAAUCAAAGAAACGAAUGUUGAAGAAACUUGGUUUAGCUGAUGAUAAUGUAAAACGAAUGAUGAGUUACGAGUUUCUUCAUCAUCAUCAUCCUUCAGAUUUAGAAAACGAGGUUUCUCGGAAGAUACCUAAGCUUCCAAAAAAGAGUUUGAAAGGCACUAGUGGUGUGGAUCAUGCCUCUGUACCACGUAAGCUUCGUUCAGCCAUGAAGAAGCGGAAUCUUGAAUCUGUUUCUAAGCUAUCCUCUGUCUCUAAGAGACUUAACCGGUCUAAAACCGGAAGUGAAUCUUUUAACAAGGAGUUAGUAAAGAAGGAGAAUCAAGAAAUGGAAGCAAAAGCUAUUGUUCCUGAGUCGAUGAUGAUUUCGAAAGAUGAGAAAGAAGUUGCAGAGACUCUAUACGGUUUAGCUGGAAUGUUUACUGAGAAGAAGACUUUUCAUGAGAAAGAAACUAGCAAACUUGACUCUAGCUUGGUUGUGAAACCUGACUAUACACAAGCCGAAUCGCUUGAACCGGAAGUUUCAGUUCUCUCUUCAGCCAAAACUAACCAGACUGAUGCAAAGCCAUUAGUGCAAUCUGAUAACCAGCUCAGCGUUACAGGAUUGAAGCAAAGCAGCUCAGUGAAUGUGACUGAUGCACCUGUAAGAGCCCUUGAAACAAAGGUUGCAACUAGUGACACGGACUAUAAAAACAACGGUCUUCUUGCACUGUGGCCUGGCUUAUCUUCAACUGUUCGUUCAGGAGCUCAAGUUCUUUCAAAACCAUCAUCCACAAAGCUUCCACCUUGGAUGGAUCAAGCUGCUUCUCCUUCUAGGACUGCUUCACUCUUGAGUGAACCGUUAAGAGUCCAGCCGAGAAAGUUGAAGAGAUGUGCCUCUCACAUUUACAUUUCCCGUCUCAUUAAAGUAUUACAGACCAGUAAGAGUAGUCCCACGUCACUUAACCAAAUUGAGCAAAGACCUUCAGAAAUGUCAGAACGCAGACUCCCUGAUCCGGUGACAAGCAUUAGUGACUUUAAAACAAUGGUGUCUCCAGCAAAGAGGUAUCAAAACCCGCAUUUACUCGAUAUACAUAGGACACAUAAUUCAAAACCCGUGGAAGAAGACAGGACUCAGCUGGCUCUCGAUCUCAAUGGUUCACAUACUUCACAGAAACAGAGCUAUGAUUUCCUAACUCUAUCAUCUGCUGGAGCAACACAAUCUCAUUUCCAACUUCCAAAUUCAAUUCCACAGUAUCUCUCAGCAGCUUACAAUAGGCAACUCUCACCUGCAACUUCUAGCUAUCAGCAGCUUUCUCCAUAUCUAGCCAGCAGAUUCCAAACGGCUUACAAUGCAAACCAGCAGCAGCAGCAACAGCUUCAAAAAAGGCUAUGGGCUGCUCAGUACAGACCAACAAAUGGAAACACCAUGCAAUCAAACCAAUACAGUCAACCAAACCUCUCUUUGAACCUGACUAGUAUUCAACAACCUCCCCAAGUUGCUUCCUCCCCAAGGUACAACAACAACAACAGUUAUGUAUCUCAACAGAAACAUCAUCUCAUGGCUGCUGCUGCAGCAAUGUCAAUAAGCCAUCACCAUAAUAAUAACAAUCCUUCACGGAUGGUGAUGAACAGACAAGAACACCAUUUCCCACUUAUCUAUGAAGAUACAAGGACACCAUUGCAGCUACUUUGCAACGAGCAGUAGUGAAGCUGCCCUGUUUUGCUUUUAUAGUUAAAUAGUUGUAAGGAUUUUACAGAUGGUUUGAGUAAAAAAAAACAGAAAUCUGUUUCUGUCUUCGCCGGAAUUUGAGAUGGUGAUGAUAAUCGGUUAAACAAGGAAUUGUCAGUGAGAGGUGAUUGAAUCCCACUAGUUUGAGAAAAAACCAUUAAUGUCUUUUUAUGUAAAUGAUCCAGGAGUUCUUCAAAGGAGCAAA